GAACUUAUGAUUUGGGCCUUGCUGAACGGGCGCUUCGAGUUGGCCUUCUUCUUCUGGGAUCGAUGUGAAGAUGCUAUUCCACUGGCCAUAAUUGCCUGCAUCAUACUGAAAGCGAUAUGCAAAUCGCUGCCUAAAUACGACACGGACAAUAUCAAUGGUAUUAGCAACUUGACUGAAAGCUACGAAACAAGAGCCUCGAGUCUAAUCGAGAGUAUCUCUGAGCUAGAGGGAGUGAGUCACUUAUUAGAUCUUGCUACUUAG